UCGGCAUCAUUUUGCGGAGUUGAAAAUUUAUUAAAUUCAAGUUGAAAAGUGCCCUAAAAUCAUGGUCCUCGUGUACUGUGUGUUCGACAAGUGCGGCAACCAACGGAAAAAGAAUAGCAAGAUUUCCUUCUUCAGUUUCCCCAAAGAGGAGGAGCUGCUGCAAAAAUGGUUGAAUUUCGUCAACAAGCACAACCCGACCAAGCUGGAAGAGAACUUGUUGGAACGAGACAAGAUGAAGAUCUGCCACAUGCACUUCGAGAAGCGGCAAGUGCAGACCAAGUCGAACAACGAUCGGGCCCUGGUGCGCAACUCGGUGCCGCGAUGUCCUCCGGGGAUCGUUGACAAAGCCCACGCUUUAAAGAAGUCCAAGGUCAAGAAAAAGCCCAAAAAAUCAAAAGCAGCUGACUCGGGCAAAAGCCGAAAAUCCAUGGAAGCAUCCCACAGUAAACCCAAAGCAACCCAACUUGCACUAGAAGGAAAUCCACUCUACCACACAAUCAAUGGUUACGUUGUCGAUCUACGGAUUGCCGCACAGCAAGACACAUUUCGACUGCCGAACGGUAAGCUAAUCCAGGUUCGAAGGCAACCGAAAAAGGGAUCCGACACAGAAACCGAUUCAACAACUCCAACGGAUGUAGCCAAAAGUACUGCACCAGUCUCGCCUUCAACGGAUUCAACAGAAAAACCAAACACAGAGACUUCAGACAAGCCAAUCUCAGCAAAAACUGCAACCCCGCGAUCAUCUGCCCGAAAAGAGUCGGAAUUGCCGCCACCACCAAUCAAAGCACACACCGAAAAACCCUCAAAAACCUACACCAAUCGACGAACGCUCAAUCAGCCACCACGAACAUCGCCCUCAAUCCGCUCUGGGCCACUUUCUACUCAAUCGUUGCCAGAGUCGAACCAACCUUGGACUGAAAGCCUCCUUAGUAAAGAAACAACAACAACAACAAUUCCCACUCAACCGCUAUCGCCAGCAACUACCCCAUCAACACCACCGGUGACGCCCCGCCAACCUACAGCAACUGCAACUCCUUCUUCGCAUCCAACGCAUACCGCAGUUUUUGUCCCACCCUCGCUUAGCACCCUACAAGCCCUCAUACAUAAAACCCACCCAGAUACCCCUUUCGGUGACCACCUGAAGGAAUUCGAGAACCGACUGAUCUCCACCGCAGAACUCUCCUUGCACAUAGUGAGCAAAAUCAAUACCUUUCUCCAUUCCAACCCCUACCGAAAUGCAGAAGAUACUAGGAAUCUCAAAGACCUAUACCAUCACGUGGCGUACAUUCUCAAGUACGCCGUAGAUCGAUUCAAGGGAUUGGAAGACAAUUGCAUCCAGGAUAUCAAACAGAUGGGAUUCACCAAACAGUCCGACCUGGGACCACUGUUGAGCAAACAGACCGACAAGACACCUCCCAAAUCGUCCGAUAAGGAAGAGACUGCUGUAGCGGAAGCGGAAGUAGAGGAAGACGACGACUGUGCGAUCAUUGAAGAGCGAACCGAUGUAAUUGAAGUGGACUCGGACGAUGAAGAUGAGAGCAGCGAGGACGAGGAAAGCGACGAUCAAACGGCAGAACCUGCGGCAAACACGUUGAAUCCCAAGCAGUUGCGAAUAUGCUCGGAUACGGAGAGUAUUGCGCAGGAUGAAGGUUCCAACGACUCGGAGUGGGUAAAGAAACAGCGACGGAAGACCGACAGUGAAAGACAGGCGCAGUACGAAUCUACAGAACAACCAAUUGAGAACGAAACUCAUACCGAAGAAGCGACCCAGAUUGAAGUGGUGAUGAACGAAGUGGAGGAAACGACUAUUAUACAGGACUAUUACUAUGCGGAGGACGGCGAAGGUGAGGACGAGGACGGCGAAACAAUGGAACAACCAAAUCAGAGCGACGAUUUGGUUAUGGAUUUGGAGGAUGACGAGGCGAGCAGUGCACAGGUGAUGCAAGAAGACGAAGAGGAGACUGAAGAAUUGAUCGAAAUCAUCGAAGGAGAUAUCGAUCUGGAUUUGGAGGAUGGACAGGAGUACAAGGUUAUCGAAGUGAUCGAUGACGAUUACGAAAUGUGGUAAGCAUCGAAAGCUUACCUCUUGAACGAGUAUUAGUCUUAAG